AAGAAAAUUUGAAGGGCUUUUCCGCAAAAAGAUUCGUCCUUUUGCCGCUCCUCCACUGUUCGGAGAUAAGUCUCGUACCAACCAAGGAAAAAAGACGAGGGCUUUCGCGCUUCGGCAACGGUUGUGGCGGGAAUUUCGAAGUGGAAUCGUUCGUGCGCAUCCGCUCCGCUCAUGGAGCGGAUCCAAUUUGCACAAAGUGAUAACUCUGAGGUGUUGAAUGAGAUUGUUGGUCUUAAUGAGUGUAAACUAUUAAGUACUAGCUUUAAAGAAGGGGACAAUAAUACAGCGAACGAUUCAGCUUUUUAUGAGAAGUUUAUCCUUGAUGAUUUGGAAUCUUACUGGGACGAGCUCAACGAUCGUCUAAAUGUGAUGAGGAUGGUGAGCGAUUCGGUUACCAAAGGAAUGGUGAAUGCCGUGGUUGAGGAGGCUGCGGAGAAGAUUGCGACGAAGGAGGCGGAGAUAGCUGUAUUGAACAAGACUCUGCUUUCCUGUAAGUCUAAUGCGGAUUUAGACGACAGAUUGGGGAUAAUUUCGAUGAUUCCUAAACGCAGCUUGAUGAAUGCGGGAAUCGACAGGACGGAAUCACGGUCGCGUCAAGGAUUUUUAGACGCAAGCGCGGAAGAAUUUACUAACACCGAUCAUGUCGCUACACUGAGGAUUGCAGCAGAAGAGCAGUUUCAAAGGCUUAAGGAGAAUAUUGCAGAUUUAAGAGACAGCUAUUCGAGUGAGAAAAUUCACGCUGAAGUAGAUACUAACAAAAGAUUAGUUGAGAUCGAUGAAAGGAUUGAUGGGUUGAGACUAAUACUGUCGUCCGGAUUGGAACAAAUAAGUGAUGCGUUUGGUAUGAUUAAAGUGUUAAUCUUUGAGCACCAGUGGGAGCACGAGUUCCGAAAAGAAGUCACUAGUACCAUGAUUCAUGAUUAUAUAAGAGGCCUUCAUCAUGAGUUUGAGGCAAAAUUGUAUGAGCAAAAGGGUCUUAUCGAAACCAUGAAUCUGAGGUGGCACAAAAAGAUCACGGAAUUUACUACCUUGCGUAAAGAACUUGAUGCUAUUUCUACGUCAUUGAUAGGUUCAGAAAUGGGUAUGCUUUUCACUCAUAGUAGCCGUGAGAGUUUCGAAGAAGUGAAUGUUAUCAAAAGGAACGAUGGAGAGGGUAUUCCAUCGCAUCAGGUGGAAAACGGGAAUCUCGAGGCUGUGAAAUCUGUUAACUCUGAUGAUUUCGUGUUAGAUGUUGCUGAUUUCUUAUAUCUAAAGCACAAGCCAAGUGAAGAAAUAAUGAAGUUCUUUAUUUCAGAAAUGACCAAGUUGAGGAGACAACACGACGUAGCAUUGCAAGAGAAGACCGAAGAGCUCUUUCGACUCAAGCGAGAAUUCCACAAGGAGAAGGGCACGGUGCCUUUUAGAAAAGACAAAGAGUUUGAACUGGUUAGGAGAAAAGUGUCCGAAGUUGUUUCAAAGCUGGAUGAAAUAGUCUUUAACAGUGCAGACUUUCCUGUGAUUAGUAAGGACUGUGAAGAAAUAUGUAGAUUGAAGGACAGAAAUGAGUCCCUGUUUUUUGAAAACCAGCAUCUCCGUAGCUUGCUUUCGGAUAAAAGAAAAGAGGUUAAGCACCUAUCAUCGCAGGUCUCAGAUGCAGCGAGUAAGAUGUCUCUUCAUUCGUCGUUGGAGGCUACACUUUUGAAGCAAGUUAAGAAUCUUAAAGGUGAAGUGGAGGACUUGAAGGUAGAAGGUAAUGUUAAAGAUGUAGUAGACCGCUCUAUUUUAAGAGGAAUUUUCAAUGAUUACAGUUGCUUCAUGGAGGAUAUAGAGAUCCAGAACAAUAUUAUGCAGGUGACAUAUUCCAUUUUGCUGCAAGGAGUUUUCUGUGAAGCUUUAUCACCUAGAAAUCCUGCUAUGCAAAAAUAUUUUGAUGAAAAAGCUUCUCUAAAGGAGACGCUUUUGGAAAAGGAAAAGGCAUUAAGUUUAGCAAAUGAAGAGAACCAGAGGAUGAAGCAGGAGACCACAUCUUUGUCGGUUUUGAUUAACGAAAAGGAUCAAUUAGCAUUAGAGGCACGGUCUUCGUUGAUUCAGCAAAAGGAGCAAUAUGACAUAGUAUGCCAUGACCUUAACAUUCUUAGAGAUCAAGUAGGCAAGCAGGAGAAGUUGAUCUCGGAUUUUAGGAAGGACUCAGAUUCAAUGAAAACUCAAUUGGAUGAGGCAUUCCAGCUAGUUCUUGAUUAUGAAUUGGAGAUAAGUAAACAGAAGCAAGAUUUAAAUACCACUACAAAUGCUUUGGAUGAAGCAGAAAAACAAAACCUCCUACUUUGUGGUAUUGUUGAGGAGAAGCAAAGGACAUUAUCAUCAUCUGUUUUGAAGGACAAGGAGCAAGUGAAGUGGUUAGAAUGCAGUAUGUUCGCUAUGGCUGAGAUGUCAAAAGCAUUCGAUGAUUUCAAAAACAAAAUGCAAGAGAAGAUCAGAAGAAAUGAAAACAGGUUAAAAACACUGAGCCAUCGGUGCAGGCCACUGGUCCAACAAGCCGUCGUGCUAAAGAAAAAGGUACUCUGGUAUAAACAAAUGCUUGAGAUAAGAUGUUCUGACCUUCAGAAGGCUGAAGCGGAGGUUGAUCUGCUGGGGGAUGAAGUUGAUUCUCUUCUUAGUCUUCUUGGAAAGAUAUACAUAGCGCUCGAUCAUUAUUCUCCGGUGUUACAACAUUAUCCUGGGGUGAUGGAGGUUCUAAAAUUAGUCCAAAGAGAGUUGAAGGGUGAAAGCAUAGGUUCGAUGUAAUUCAACAUGGAACAUACAUCGGAUAUAGCAUAUUUGAGCAUCGCGGAAGUGACUUCCUUUUUUAGAUUGCUGAUGAUUCUGAACCAUAUUAACCUGCCGAGGCUUUCGAGGAGCCGAAAACUUUGAGAACCCGGUUCACAGUUGUCAAUGAUUUCUUUUUUUUUCUUUUCCCCCUUUUGUUUUUUUUUUUCGUUUGAGGUAAUGCUUAGAGUUGGCAUUAACACAUGUAUUCUACGUUUUGGCUCAAGCUGUGUAGAGUGUAAAUGGCAAAUUGUAUUCUCCUUUUGGCUUCUGCAGAUAUUUGUGCAGUUUUAUGAAUGACUAGUUUUGUGGAGUUUGCAAUCAA